UAAACGCAAACAAGGGGGAGGAAGUUUCUGUAAUUCCUUGUUUUUUCUUUCAGUAAAUUACAUCGACUAUCUAACUAGCCAUAAUCCUUUUUUUAACUCACAAGAAACAACAUAGUGUGUGUCUUUAUAAUAAUAACAAUAAUGGUGAGGGUUUUUGUGGCAUGACAUUGACAUUCGAGUGAUAUACUACAUUGUUUCAUUGUCAGUUAUACUGUGUAUUGUUUGUAUGAUUGUUUAGGGUGUGUAGAGGAAGGGAGGAGGGCCACAGACAGGGGCAGACAGACAGACAGACAGACGGAUAGCAGCGUGGCUGCUUUGUCGCAGCAGCAGCAGGACAACUUGUCCGCUUCACCACAACCACCAGCAGCAACAGCAGUAGCCGUUGCUCACACCAUCCUCAGGUCGAGCCCUUGUCACCGGACAUGCCUUUAUUUUCUGUCACACCUCAAAACCACGGCGUUGAAGGAGGGUUCGUGUUCGCCGGGCAAUAACGGCUGCAGUUACGGGUAUCCGGCCAGGGGAGACCAAGAGGUACCAGACGGGUUAAAAGGCUGCUGUUCUGUCCGGCGCCGGAAUCCUCCUCCAUCCCCGGGAGGUGCCUCCAGCUCCGACCGCGGCUGAUAGAGUAGGCGUCGGCAGGCGAAGCUAAGUAGCGUUAGCCUGGAAGAGCCUUUCACAGCAGCAUCCUCACACACUCCCCUGCCUUAACGCAGACUCUAAAUGUGACAGCGAGGAUGGACUGAAAAUGUCCAGUUGUCAGUGUGAGAGGAUUUUUCUCUAAGGUUGUGCUCUGCAGCUUGACUGUGUGACCAAACUGGGAGACAGAAGAAAAUGCCUCCCAGGCCGUCCUCAGGGGAGUUAUGGGGCAUCCACUUGAUGCCACCUAGGAUCCUGGUGGAUUGUUUGCUGCCCAAUGGCAUGAUUCUGACCCUGGAGUGUCUCCGUGAGGCAACGCUCAUUACAAUCAAACAUGAGCUCUUCAAGGAAGCAAGGAAAUAUCCUCUCCAUCACCUCCUACAAGAGGAGACAUCCUACAUUUUUGUCAGUGUUACACAGGAAGCAGAGCGGGAGGAGUUCUAUGAUGAGACACGGAGGUUGUGUGAUCUCCGACUUUUCCAGCCCUUCCUCAAGGUCAUUGAACCUGUUGGAAACAGAGAAGAAAAGAUACUCAACAGAGAGAUUGGUUUCGCCAUUGGGAUGCCUGUGUGUGAGUUUGACCUUGUUAAGGACCCUGAAGUGCAGGACUUCAGGAGAAACAUUCUAAAUGUGUGUAAAGACUCCGUGGAGUUGAGAGAUGCAUGUGGGCCACACAGCAGAGCACUGUAUGUUUACCCACCCAACGUGGAAUCCACGCAGGAACUUCCCAAACACAUCUAUAGCAAACUGGACAAAGGUCAGAUCAUUGUGGUGAUAUGGGUGAUUGUUUCUCCGAACAAUGACAAACAGAAGUACACACUAAAGAUUAAUCAUGACUGUGUGCCUGAGCAGGUGAUUGCGGAGGCUAUUCGUAAGAAGACGCGCAGCAUGCUGUUGUCCCCAGAGCAGCUGAAGAUGUGUGUUCAGGAAUACCAGGGUAAAUACAUCCUAAAAGUCUGUGGCUGUGAUGAGUACCUGCUGGAAAAGUACCCCAUCAGUCAGUACAAGUAUAUUCGUAGUUGCAUCAUGCUGAGCAGGAUGCCUAACCUGAUGCUGAUGGCCAAGGACAGCCUUUACACUCAGUUGCCCACGGAUGUAUUUUUAAUGCCGUCAUACUCCCGGCGCAUCUCUACAGCUACGUCCUACAUGAAUGGAGAGGCAGCUGCCAAGUCAUUGUGGACCAUCAAUGGAACUCUGAGAAUAAGAAUCCUCUGUGCCACUUACGUUAACGUCAACAUACGGGAUAUAGACAAGAUCUAUGUGAGGACCGGCAUUUACCAUGGAGGUGAACAGAUGUGUGAUACUGUCAACACACAGAGAGUGCCCUGCUCUAAUCCUAGGUGGAAUGAGUGGCUCACAUAUGACAUGUACAUCCCUGACAUCCCACGUGCUGCCAGACUCUGCCUGUCUAUUUGCUCAGUCAAGGGCAGAAAGGGUGCCAAAGAGGAACAUUGUCCAUUAGCCUGGGGUAAUGUCAACUUGUUUGACUACACUCACACUUUAGUGGCCAACAAGAUGGCACUGAAUCUUUGGCCUGUCCCUCAUGGCCUUGAAGACCUUCUUAAUCCUAUAGGGGUCACGGGGUCCAACCCCAACAAGGAAACGCCAUGUUUGGAGCUGGAGUUUGACCACUUCAGCAGUCCAGUCAAAUACCCAGACAUGAAUGCAGUAGAGGAUCAUGCUAACUGGACCAUCUCCAGAGAACUGGGAUUCAACUUCAACUUGUCUGGUCAGAGCAAUCGUGUUGCCCGAGAUCAUGCACUAACAGAGGGCGACACGGAGCAGCUGAAGCAGCUGAGCAACAGAGACCCUCUGUCAGAAAUCACUGAGCAGGAGAAAGAUUUCCUCUGGAGACACAGACACUACUGCAUGAUCAUCCCUGAGAUCCUUCCAAAGAUCCUCCUCGCUGUAAAGUGGAACUCCAGAGAUGAGGUCGCACAGAUGUACUGCUUGUUGAAGGACUGGCCGUCCAUUCGGCCUGAACAGGCCAUGGAGCUGUUAGACUGUAACUACCCAGACCCCAUGGUCAGACAAUUUGCUGUGCGCUGUCUUGACAAAUACCUAACUGAUGACAAACUGUCUCAGUACUUGAUCCAGCUCGUACAGGUUUUAAAAUAUGAGCAGUAUCUUGACAAUCCUCUGGCUCGCUUUCUACUCAAAAAGGCCCUGACCAAUCAAAGGAUAGGACAUUUCUUCUUCUGGCAUCUCAAGUCAGAAAUGCACAAUAAAACAGUGAGCCAGCGAUUUGGACUUCUGUUAGAGGCUUACUGCAGGGCAUGUGGCAUGUACCUGAAACACCUGAGCAGACAGGUGGAGGCUAUGGAAAAGCUCAUAAACCUGACUGAUAUCCUGAAACAGGAGAAGAAAGAUGAGACGCAAAAGGUCCAGAUGCGGUUUCUCGUGGACCAGAUGAAGAGACCUGACUACAUGGAUGCCCUGCAGAACUUCACCUCUCCACUCAACCCUGCACACCAACUUGGAAACCUGAGGUUAGACGAAUGCAGGAUCAUGUCGUCAGCAAAGAGACCAUUGUGGCUGAACUGGGAAAAUCCUGACAUCAUGUCUGAACUUCUUUUCCAGAACAAUGAAAUCAUAUUUAAAAAUGGAGAUGACUUGCGGCAGGAUAUGCUGACGUUGCAGAUUAUCAAAAUCAUGGAGAAUAUUUGGCAGAAUCAGGGACUGGACCUGCGGAUGCUUCCCUAUGGCUGCCUGUCAUUAGGAGACUGCGUGGGCCUCAUUGAGGUGGUUCGCAGCUCCCACACGAUCAUGCAGAUUCAGUGUAAAGGAGGUUUGAAAGGAGCUCUGCAGUUCAACUCGAACACUCUGCAUCAGUGGCUCAAGGACAAGAACAAGGGCGAGAUGUAUGACAUGGCUGUGGAUUUAUUUACAAGGUCCUGUGCUGGCUACUGUGUAGCUACAUUUAUCCUGGGGAUAGGAGACAGACACAACAGUAACAUAAUGGUCAAAGAUGACGGUCAGUUGUUUCACAUAGAUUUUGGACAUUUUCUUGAUCACAAGAAGAAGAAAUUUGGCUACAAGAGAGAACGAGUGCCCUUUGUUCUGACACAAGACUUCCUUAUUGUCAUCAGCAAAGGAUCCCAGGAGUGCGCAAAGACCAAAGAGUUUGAGAGGUUCCAGGAGAUGUGUUACAAAGCCUACCUGGCCAUCAGGCAGCAUGCAAACCUCUUCAUCAACCUCUUCUCCAUGAUGCUGGGCUCUGGCAUGCCUGAGCUGCAGUCAUUUGACGACAUUGCCUACAUCCGGAAGACUCUGGCCUUGGAGAAAAGUGAGCAGGAGGCCUUGGACUACUUUAUGAAACAGAUGAACGAUGCUCACCAUGGAGGAUGGACCACAAAGAUGGACUGGAUUUUCCACACAAUUAGACAGCAUGCACUAAACUGACCCUCCCUAGAGUAUUUACUUGUGUCAGACAGACACAUCCAAGCAAAAUCCUGUCCAUUUUCACAAACCACCAGGUUCUUUUACACAUCUAUUUUCUGUUUUCCCUCUUGGCUUCUUCAUCAUCAUCUAACAUUAGUGAGGUCAAAAAGAUGCUCCUUCACCACUUUACUCUACUUCCUUUCUCUUCUGGUAAAGAGGUGCUUCACUUGCCCAAUAAUUUACUACUUACAAUCCUUCAUCCUACAUCGCCCCUCCUGUUCAACAUAAAAAAAACUCUUACCAAGAAAUCGUUACCAAGAAAAUGUUACCUCUUACGCUGCUACUCUUGGAGGAAACCACAAAUGUAACAGAGCAAAUGCAGCCACAACAGAGAGUUCGACUUGCUGCUCUACUGAUGUAGUCGUUCUGUAAUGUGGCUCCAGCCUAUAGACACUUUUUCUCUCUUUUUUAAUAUUCUAAAUACUGCUGUGAAGUUUGUGGGCACAAGGAAUCGUCUCAUAUUUGUUGCAUAGUGUCGGAUGACUGAAACAAGUGGCCUGAUGACUAGCUCUGCACAGUCUUCCAUCAUCUUUGUGGUGAAGUUUACUGCGUCAAAACCCAAGAACUGUCUGUGCCAUCUGUUGUGCACGGCUCUGCAGUCUCUCUUGGCCUCAGCAGGACAGCACUCCACUCUUGGGAACAUUUGGUGGUGGUACAGCUACAGACCUGUGCAGGAACUUCAGGGUGAUGUUGCCUAUCCAUCAAAAAACAGCACUUAAAAAAACAGAAUAAUAUACAGAUUUAUUAUGACUUUUUAAAUUUAUUUAUGUACCUAGUUUCUUUCAGUUUACGUCCAAGCAAAUCUCCUAACUCCAAAACAGCAUUUGUGUAAAAAGAUUUGUUUAAAGCUUCUUCUGCUAACUUAAACUAUUAAGGUUUUUCUUGUUUUGUCAGCGCCAUAGUUUUUUUUUUCAAUGAAGACUGCUGAUGUUAGCUUCCAUCUCUUUUACUCUAGUUUUCUUCCAUUUUUUUUAUAGUGAUCGUCCUAAAGAUAGGUCGUUUAGGAAAGCAGAAAUGGUGAGAUGGAAAGUGCCAGUCCCACAUUUUUUCUGAAUAAUGAUGGGGCCUAUUUUAAAACUCUGGCUGUGUGAUCGUCUGCAGACAGAGACCCGUGGGAAUGUCACGUCUUCCUGUUGAUAAAAUACCUUGGUUCCUCAGCACAACACUCAACUACAGUGCGCAUUGCCAAGCCCAACAAAUUACAAAUUAUUUGAAGUAAACAAACGCAGCAGCACUGUUAACAUAGAACUGCAAGACCAGUUGAAAGAAAACCCAGACCUUCAUUUUCUGUGUUUAGUGUCUGCUUUUAUUUAUUUAUUUUUUUCAUUCAUGCUGAUGUCAACUGUUUGGUUCCCCUUUCCCCCAGGAAGGAAAGUGAUUUGCAAUGGCUCAGCGGGAACACAACAAGUGUGCGGCCAUUAGUGGUAGGUCACCAUGCCAUUUUAUUGGUUCUGUUGGUCUUCAAAAUUCAAUUUUUUCCAUAAAUUGUUCUAACUUGAGGGUUCAAAUUAUGUUAGUGUUCAAACUCCCAGCCGGACCUUAGGUUCUCUUUUUGCCCUAGGUGAAAAACAGGUGUUUUGUUGUUGUAGUUGUUAGCAGGCAACCCAAUUAAGUGUCCUGGUCUGGACAACAGAAAAAAAAAACAUAUCCAUCACAGUAUUUUUAUCUAUUGUUGUAUUGCUACAUGCUGAGCCCACUCUGUUGCUCUGACGUGACUUUAUGUUUGUGACUGGUAUAAUAUAAGUCAUUUGGUCAAUAAGUCCACCAGUAUUACCAUAACAUCAACCUGAGAAUGUUCUCACGUGUUUGGUUAUGUGACCAACCCAAAGAUAUUUUAUGACAUGUCACAUGAACCGAAGGAUGACGUCAACGUUUUAGACACACAGAAAUGUGUCAAACUGUUGUCAGUGGUUGCUAUCAUGAAACGUGGUAAUCAUGUCUAGCAAUCAAUGGUUUCAGUCGGAGUAAUGUUGCAUUACUACAACAUCAGUGUAUCACUAGAAUGUUUUUAUCUGCUGACCUUCCGUACCCUCUUGUUACAUUUUGGCAUCAGUCACGUUCAGAAGGUCAUCUUUUUGUUUUCCUAUUGUGCCAAACCAGACAUCAUUGCGGCCUGUGUAAAAAAAAAAAACUAGCACUUUGCAGUCAGGCAUAUCAGUUACAGAAAAAAAAAGAAAAAGUCUGAAGAAAAUGAAUGAACCAAGAAAAAAAACAUUUUUUCCAAAUGCCUUUUUAAUUUGUUUAAGUGAAUCUGAGGGGAGAAGUAGCCUAGCAUGCAUGUUUUUCCAGCAGCAUAACCACUGAUGUGUAAUGUUCAGAACAUCAUUCAGAAGUGUGUUUGUGCGUACGCAGGAGCAUCUUUGCUGUUGGAGGCCUCACUGCGAGGCUGUAUCUCUGACUUCCUUUGCGUUUUCACACAUGGUUUAUUUGUUUCUGUGCAGGCUGCAGAGCUUCAUUGGCAGGACCCAAUGAAAUGUCUGUGCAUGCGUUCAUGUCUGUGUGUGUGUGUGUGUGUGUGUGUGGGUGGGUGUGAAUGUGUUGACGACGCUUAACUGCUGCAGUGAAGGUGUCUCUCAAUGUUUUCUAAGCCAGUUUUUUCAUGAUCUUCUCUGUUACAGAGAGAGAAAAAAAAACAGAAGUGAAAGCUUGUCAACAAAAAUCUUCAGAUACGAAGAAAUAUUGAAAAAAAAAAGUUUUUUUAAUACAUUGUUUUUACUUGAAACGUGCUGAAUCAGAACCACAGAUUUGUCCGUUUAGACCUGACGUGCAGGGUUGCUGUAUUCCUACCCGAACACACAUGUAAGUGUGUGUUUAUGUGUGUGUUGUAUAUAUAAGAAACAAGGAUUGAAGACCUGUAUAGAAAUGGAUGAAGCUGUUUUUACAGCUGUGGUUUCACAGUGGUUUAAAAAAGUAACAUUUUGUGAAUGAAAACCACUUUUCCCUUAAAAUAAAAUGUCAAUAAGAUUUAUUUCUAAUGUCAAUUGUUUGAAUUUGUAGUUAAAGCGAUAGAGACAGAAAUGUCAAAUUUGUAAUAUUUUCCAAUUUUGAGGAAAAUAUAUAUAAUAAACAAUGUUGUUUUCCCCUUAGAUUUCUUCUGUUAAGAAUUACUGCCUGUAACGAACAAGAACAUUUCUUGUCUCCUGGGCUGAAACAUGUGCCACCACACGGCUCCAUCCAUGUCUUAUACACGGUCUAUCAGACCUAAGUAUUGGUGUACAGGCUGUUGCUUUUAUACUGGUCGUGAAUGUUGAUGUUGCCACAGUCGUGGAUUUCAGAGUGAAGAAAGAACGUGAUUAUUGAACAAGUCAAGGACUCGAAGUUGAAUUUUUGAUGAGUCCAAAUUUCUAAGACCAGAUUCUGUGAGAACUGUGAUGAGGUUUUGGUGAGAUUGUCAGAUUUCAGCCUCAAAAUUGUGAAUGAGAUUCAGCACCAAAGGUGAAAGCUUUUCUAGAAAACGUUUGAAAGCUCGCUUGCUCUGAGCCGGUGCAGGAAUUCUACAUUUCAAAAAAUGUUGCACUAGUUUAUUCCCCUCCCUUAAGCAAAGGCCAUGAAUGCCUCUGCUCUUUAUUUGUCCAUGUUGUCAGUCUUAAACCUGGAUUCAAAUCUACUGACACUGAUCGCAGGGUUGAGUAUUACAUAGUAGUGACCAUGGAUCAUGUGUUUAAAAUGAAUCAUGUGUUUAAAAAACAAAACAGUUUUCUCCUGCGACUGCAAUCCCAACACUCAGAUUUUUUUGAACAAAUAGUAGACACGGUAACAUGGACACAUUACCAAUCAAAUGAGAUCCAACCAUGUAUCCAUGAAGUGAGAAUUAUAUGAAGUCCCGUGUUGUUUGAGGAACCCCUCGGACAAAUGUGUGCAUGUUUCUGUGUGUUUAUUUAACAGAUGUUCAUGUUAUUGUGUCCUUUUCCUGUUUUCCUGAUAUUUAUUAAAUAUAGAUGCAGACGUUUAAUGUGGUUUUCUGUAAAAAAAAAAAAAAAAAAGAUGGCAGCAGGGGGCAGAUGGGGAGUAAUGCAGCCGUGAUCAGCUAGCUAUUUAGUGUAUUAAUGGCACUCGAAAUAGCUUACUUGUUGUCUGGGGCAACCACAAGUCGAACACUAUUUUUUUUUUUUUUUUUAAUUUUGACAAUGCUGGAAGAGAUGUGCUUUUUUAUGUCAAGAGGAGGACAACAAAAAGAAUACUCAUCUGGGGGCAGACAUUGAAGCAACAUAUAGUACAUUUAUAGCCUUUACUGUGAACACUCUACUUAGGCGGCAUCUUGGAGAAGAUGUCGGCAGACAUUUUACUUUUAGGACGUAUGAAGGAACACAGAGCAAUAUUUUAAGUCGGUUAUAUUAUUUGGGUCCAAGUGUCAGGAAUUCCCCAAGAAAAUAUUAGAAGCAACAAUAUCUUUUGUUUCAAAUGAUUUUAUAUAUCAAACAGACACGUGCCAACCAAAUGUACUACACCGUGGACAAACAAACAAACAAACCCAAUAUUCAGUGUGUGCCACAUCGAAGUUUGUUUUUUUAAAGCCACAGUUGCAGACUAUUCCGUCAGUUCUAUUGUACAUGAUUUUAAACACAAACUUAAAAUGGCCUUUGAUGGAACUGAACAUUUAAACUAAGAAGCCGUUUUGUUUUCAACCGUCCGCACUCAUGUCAAUGAAGAAUGGUUUGUGGCUCCGUGUUCAUUUUUUGUGUGCUGUACUGCAAACUGCACAACAGUGUGAAAUUUACUAUAAAUGAAUGAAUGUACACCAGGCCAAUGUAUUAUUUUAUGUUAUAUAUAUAUUUCUACUCUUCCAGCAAGUGUUUUUUUGUAUUAUUUAUUUCUGCUACGUAGUCAGACAAAUGUUUCAAAGUUAAUGCUUUGGGGUUUUCUCCCUGUCAUUACUUUUCUGUCCAUUUUCUUCUUUCUACAUUCAGUAUUUAACGUGGGUUUUGAUUUAUAUCUGCGAAUGGGGUUUCACUGAGUUAGGGUUUGUACCCUGAUCUCUGUGGAGAUGUACAAAUACAUUUGUUAAACAUUCCCUCAGUUGUGUUUGCUUUUGAAGGUUGGCUGUUCAGCAGACCUACAAGAGAAACCUGCAGUGAAAAAAAAUGAAAAGAAGUCUUUAUUUUAGGAAAUUUCGCUGAAACAAACUUACUUGAAUUUUUACGGAUUCUGAUGUAACCUUAAAUAAUAAAACUCCUCCAAUUUAACAAUGGAUUCCAAUCCGAUCGAUCCGAUCAAAUCAGGUGGACAUUCCUGUCUGUUUUAAUCUGCAUUUUUAGAUCACAUCAUUUUGUGUUCCUCAAAUCAUGGGUCGUGACCCGUACCUCACUGUAAAUAGCAGGAUAAAUCAUUUGGUUUUAAGUAAAGAGUAACAGGGAAAGUAUAUGAAUGAUCAUUUAGGUCAGAAAGUUCAAUUUAAUUAACACAUGAAUCUGGAACAUUUUAAUUCUUCACAGGUUUUUAUUUUGUCUCAGAUCAUUUAUACUUUACACUUUGAAAAUGAAGAACACUGAAAUGCUCUGUGGUCGUUUCUCACUACAGACCCCACAAUUGUUUCAUAUAAAUUCCUGGACAGGACAAAAAACAUUAAUUUGAG